AUGCGUCCCCGGGGAGGGGACCGGCGGGCCUCCGCCCGCCAGGCGUCCCCGGGGGACCGGCGGGCCUCCGCACGUCAGGCGUCCCCGGGACUGGCGGGUCCUCCUCCCGCCAGGCAUCCCUGGGGACCGGUGGGCCUCCGCCCGCCAGGCGUCCCUGGGGACCGGCGGGCCUCCGCCCGCCAGCGUCCCGUGGGACCGGCGGGCCUACCGCCGGCCAGGCGUCCCGGGGACGGGCGGGCCUCCGCCGCCAGGCGUACCGGGGACGGGCGGGCCUCCGCGCCAGGCGUCCCGGGGACGGGCGGGCCUCCGCCCGCCAGAUCGUCGCUCUACUAG